CUUCUCUUCACAGCUCACAUUGCCACUCGUUUCUUUCUCCACACUCUUCCCGCGUCCACAUGAAAAUUCUUAUCAUAUAUACUUAAUAUUACCAGAACUCAAACAUUAAAAAUACAAGAUGGUAUUCAAUAUAACCGCCGUUAAAACUUCAUCAAAUGGAGCUUGGCAAGGAGACAAUCCCCUAGAUUUUGCCUUUCCAUUGUUAAUAGUUCAAACAACUUUAAUCCUCGUGGUUAGCCGUUUUCUCGCUUUCCUUCUCAAACCCCUUCGCCAACCCAAAGUCAUUGCCGAAAUAAUUGGUGGAAUUUUGCUGGGGCCAUCGGCUUUUGGGCGAAACAAAGAUUAUUUGGAUCGUAUAUUCCCGAAAUGGAGCAAUCCGAUACUCGAAUCAGUGGCGAGUAUCGGUCUUCUCUUCUUUCUGUUUCUGGUUGGCCUUGAACUUGAUCUGAACUCGAUUCGGAGGACUGGUAAAAGAGCCUUCGGGAUUGCUCUUGCCGGUAUCUCGCUCCCUUUCGUUUGUGGAAUCGGCGUCGCUUUUGUCCUCCGAAACACAAUUGAUGGACUUAAAGAAGUCGGUUACGGACAGUUCCUGGUGUUCAUGGGCGUGGCUCUCUCCAUCACGGCGUUCCCUGUUCUCGCUCGCAUUUUAGCAGAGCUCAAACUACUCACAACCCAAGUGGGCGAGACAGCCAUGGCGGCCGCCGCAUUCAACGAUGUCGCUGCAUGGAUCCUUUUAGCACUAGCUGUUGCCCUCGCCGGUGACGGUGACGGUGGGGAAAAGAAAAGCCCGUUAAUAGCCAUAUGGGUACUCCUUUCAGGCCUAGCUUUUGUUAUCUUCAUGUUUGUAGCAAUACGACCCGUCAUGAAAUGGGUCGCCCGUCGGUGCUCACCGGAACAUGACGUCGUCGAUGAAGCUUACAUAUGUUUAACCUUAGCCGGAGUAAUGGUAUCUGGAUUUAUGACAGACCUUAUCGGAAUCCAUUCAAUAUUUGGUGCUUUCGUUUUUGGAUUAAUCAUUCCUAAAGGAGGGGAUUUUGCGGAGAGAUUGAUAGAGAGGAUUGAAGAUUUCGUGUCGGGUUUGCUUCUUCCACUUUACUUUGCGUCGAGUGGAUUAAAGACAGACGUGGCCACGAUUCGUGGCGCGAAGGCGUGGGGACUGUUGGGGCUCGUUAUAACAACCGCGUGUGCCGGCAAGAUUUUGGGAACUUUCGCGGUGGCCAUGAUGUUUAUGAUUCCAGCCAGGGAAUCCAUCACGCUUGGUGUGUUGAUGAACACUAAAGGAUUGGUGGAACUCAUUGUUCUCAACAUUGGCAAGGAGAAGAAGGUGCUCAACGAUGAGAGCUUUGCGAUUCUAGUCCUAAUGGCACUCUUCACCACCUUCAUUACAACACCAACAGUAAUGGCCAUCUACAAACCUGCGCCCGCACCUCCGCUCUUACUCGCCGCAAAUUACGUGUAUUUAUCCAACGCCAGUGACUCAAACUCUAAGGACGAGCUCAGAGUCCUGGCUUGCUUUCACGGCCCCGGAAAUGUAUCCUCGCUCAUUAGCCUUGUUGAGGCACCAGAAGCACCAAGAAACAGCUUAACCUUCAUCAUGCACCUUGUUGAGCUCACUGAACGCUCUUCUUCAAUCAUCAUGGUCCAACGAGCCCGGAAGAAUGGCUUUCCGUUCAUCAAUCGUUUCCGCCGCGGCGAGUGGCAUGACAGAGUUCCUGGCUUUCAGGCCUACGGUCAACUGGGCCGAGUUUCUGUUAGGCCCACAACAGCCAUCUCCCCUUUGGCCACAAUGCAUGAAGAUAUCUGCCACGUGGCCGAGGAUAAGAGGGUGACAAUGAUUAUAUUGCCUUUCCAUAAACAAUGGAGAGGAGAAGGUGACGAGUCAAUGGAGAAUUUGGGCCACGGUUGGCGAGGAGUUAAUCAAAGGGUGCUAAAGCACGCUCCUUGUUCCGUGGGAUUGCUUGUGGACCGUGGAUUCAGUAGUGGGUCCCAAACUCCGGCGCAUAAUUCUACAGUCGGUCAAAAGAUUUGCAUCAUAUUUUUUGGUGGGCCCGAUGAUCGUGAGGCUCUAGAGUUAGGUGGCAUGAUGGCUGAACACCCGGCAGUUAAAGUGACCGUUGUUAGGUUCAUUGAGAAAGAUGGUUUGCAAAGUGACGGCGUCGUAUUAAGGCCCGCGCCAACCAGGUGUAGCGAACAGAAUUACAGCUUCUCUACCGCCAAAAUGAACCGAGAAAAAGAAGAGGAGCUAGAUAAAAUUGCUGUGGGUGAAUUUAUGAGUAAGUGGGAUGGGGUGGCAGAUUGCGUUGACAAGGUGACUAGCAACAUUGUUGAGGGAGUAUUAACAAUAGGACGGAGCGGUGAAUACGAUCUUAUAGUUGUUGGGAAAGGCAGAUUUCCGUCGAGUAUGGUGGCGAAACUAGCGGACCGCCAAGCCGAGCUUGCGGAGUUGGGGCCUAUUGGAGACAUUUUGGCGUCAUCAGGGCAAGGCGUUUUAUCUUCUGUGCUUGUGGUUCAACAGCAUGAUAUGGCGCAUGCUGAAGAGAUGCCGGUGACAAAGAUAGGUCACUCUGACUACGUGAAAUUCAAGGGUGAUGAGCUGUCAGGUGCAGGAGAGAUUUCAAAGGCUGUGUGA